UUUUUCUCACCGCACACAUCGUCACCGCCGUCGGUUCCAACCACACUGUCUGCCAGCCAUCGUCGAAUCUUUACAGUUUUCCAUUCGUUUAACCCUUAGCCUUUUCCCGACAACAGUUUCACAAGCGUUUUUUUAUGUAGUAACAUUUCGUUUUGUAUUGGUUUUUACGUUGCGCGAUUCUCGUCUUUGUCUCAUCCACCGUAAAGACUUCAAACGCCUAAACGAUCCACUCCUCUACCUCCUGCUCAUCCCCGCCGUGUACGUGCGCAGCGUGGUGUCACGCCGGUACCCCUAUAUCGUAGACAUUCUAACGGUGUCUAGCAAAACCGAACCGCCAGCGCCAUGGCCGAAGUCGACGACGCCGUCAUCGACGUUGUAGCGUCCGAGGUGAUCAAUGGUUGCACCAUCACCGGCGACAGCGACUAUUCGGACAAGGCCGUGGACCCGACGUCCGUGGAGAUGCGCGUCAAGCGCAAGGCCAAGCGGCUGGCCAAGUCUCUGUCCCGGGACAGCGGCAUCGUCAACGGGCACGGCGGCACGGCCACCGUGGUGCAGCUCAAGCGGCGCUGGAAGAACAACAGGAAGUCCAGGAACGGUUUCACCAAGAGGGGAGAAAUCAAAAAGGGUGGUGCUGGUGGCAAAGGUGUUUGGGGAAAGUUAGGUGAAGAGAGUGAUAUGGAUGCUGCUAUUGAUAUGAAGGAUCCUAAUUACGAUAGUGAUUUGUUGGAUGAUGACAAUAUUGUUCUGCGAGAAAUCACCCCAGAAUCAUCCGAUGAAGAACUCAAGAAUUCCAUUACCUUUAAUAUUCUUGAGUAUUAUGAACAUGGUGAUACUGAUGAAGCGGCAAUGACACUAAGCGAUCUAAACAUAGUUAGCAAAUGGCAUUUGAUAACUCAAGUUGCUGUUGAAGUAGCUCUCGAGCACAAACCAUCUCAGAGAGAGAUGACAUCUGUAUUGUUAUCAGAUUUAUAUGGGCGUUUAAUUAAGCAAAAGGAAAUAGCCCAAGGAUUUGAUGUUAUAUUGGCUAAUCUUCCUGAUCUCAUUCUUGAUACUCCCGACGCUCCUAUUGUUGUUGGUUGUUUCUUAGCCAGAACCAUUGCAGAUGACUGUCUCCCACCAAAGAUUAUAGACUUCUUCAAAGAGAAAAACUACAGUGAUUUAGCAAAUCAAGCAUUAAUCAAGGCCCACAACUUGUUGAAUAUAAAGCAUGGACUGACUAGACUUGAUAAUGUUUGGGGUGUUGGUGGUAGCCUGAGGCCAGUGCAGUAUCUUGUAAGACAAAUGAACAUGCUUUUGGAUGAAUAUUUGUGUUCUGGUGAUUUGCAAGAGGCCAUCAGAUGUAUUUUAGAAUUGGAAGUACCACAUUUCCAUCAUGAACUUGUUUAUGAGGCUGUUGUUGAUGUUAUUGAAGCUAUGAAUACUCAUACCGAAAUUUCUAUGUGCAAAUUACUUAAAGCAUUGUAUGAUGCUAUUAUUAUAACUCCUGAAAUGAUGAACAAAGGUUUUGAUAGAGUGUUUGAUGUUCUUGAUGAUAUUUCUAUUGAUGUUCCAUUAGCAUCUGCUGUCCUUGAACGUUUUUUGGAUAAGUGCAUCAAUGCUGGAUUUUUACAAAGGGAUGUGUUGCAUAAAAUACCAACAAGAGCAUCUCGUAAGCGAUACGUAUCUGAAGGUGAUGGUGGUCGCCUCAAAGAAGCAUAAAAACUAUGAUAAAAGAACUAUUAACAAAACCUAUACUCCUCUUCUCCUCUACCUCUAGAGUACAGUAUUUUUUUUUCUCAACUUGUUGUUGAUUUUUUUUUUGUCAUUGUCAUUAUUUAAUAAGAAGUUAAUUAUAAAAUAUUAUUAUUUCAUUACAAUUAAAAUUGACCUUAAAACUUAACACUAAUUUAUAUAUGCCAAUGCUAUUUUUAGUAAUGUAAGUAAAGAUGUGUUAGAUAUGUUAACAAUUUUAUCGCUUAGCUGUGUUAUUAUUAUUAUUAUGCCAGCUAAGUUGUUGCUUAUCAAUAAAAGUAAAUAAUAUAAUAUUAAUAAUUUAAAUUAAUUUGUCAUGAGUUUAGGAUUGAAUAUCAGCAAUAUUAGUUUUCACAAUAAUGAGAGUAAUAUGAAUUAAUUAUUUAUUAUAAUAUUAUAUUCAUGUUUGACUUAUUAGUAAAUACUGUACUCAUUAGUAUCAUAUGGUCGAAUGAAUUAGGGAGUUCUUAUAAAUUUUAGGGUAACGUUUAAAAAAAAAAAAACCACUGCUUGAUUAUUACAUAUUUUAUUUUUUUUAUUGUAUAAUUCAUUGGCUUAUUUUGAGAUAGUUUAUACAAAUUAUUUUUUUCACUACUUUUUCAUGUAAAUUUUUUUGACAUUCUAAAUUUACUAUUUAUGUAUUUUGUUAAAAUGAGUGUAUUUUCCAAAUUAGAAGAACCAUUUUCUAAAAUAUUUGUAAUGAAAUAUUGUAUUCUGUUUAGUACAAAAUUAUAUAAUAUAGAUAUUAUAUAUCAUUCUUAA